CGUAGGCAGCAUGUCGGCAACAGCAGUGGCUCGAAAGCGGGGAAAACCGGCCCCGGGGGCCCGGGCCGGUGCGGGGGCCGGCAAGCGGCGGCGAAAGGCCGAUUCUGUCGGGGACAGGGGCAAGCCCAAGGGUGGCGGCAAGACGAAUGAAGAGAUCUCCAGCGACUCCGAGAGUGAGAGCCUAGCUCCCGGAAGGACAGUGGAAGAGGAGCAGGAGGAGCUGGAGGAGACCGCACAGGAGAAGAAGCUGCGCUUGGCCAAGCUGUACCUUGAGCAGCUCAGGCAGCAAGAAGAGGAGAAGGCUGAGGCCCGCGAGUUUGAGGAGGACCAGGUGGCAGGGCGCCUGAAGGAGGAGGUGCUCGAGCAGAGGGGCAAGCUGCAGAAGUCGGUGGCGAAGGAGAUCCAGGCCCCAGCCCCGGCCGACAUUCGAGUCUUACGGGGCCACCAGCUCUCCGUCACAUGUUUGGUUAUCACCCCUGACGACUUGGCCAUCUUCUCUGCUGCCAAGGACUGCACCAUUAUUAAGUGGAGCGUGGAGAGUGGACGGAAGCUUCACGUGAUCCCGCGAGCCAAGAAGGGCGCCGAGGGGCAGCCCCCCGGCCACAGCAGCCACAUCCUCUGCAUGGCCAUCUCUUCCGAUGGCAAGUACCUGGCCUCGGGGGACCGCAGCAAGCUCAUUCUCAUUUGGGAGGCGCAGAGCUGCAAGCACCUGUACACCUUCACGGGACACCGGGACGCCGUGUCGGGGCUGGCGUUCCGCAGAGGCACCCACCAGCUCUGCAGCACAUCCCACGACCGCUCUGUGAAGGUGUGGAACGUGGCGGAGAACUCCUACGUGGAGACCCUCUUCGGGCACCAGGACGCUGUGGCCGCACUGGACGCUCUGAGCAGGGAGCGCUGUGUGACAGCGGGCGGCCGGGACGGGACCGUGCGUGUGUGGAAGAUCCCCGAGGAGUCGCAGCUCGUCUUCUACGGCCACCAGGGCUCCAUCGACAGCAUCCAGCUCAUCAAUGAGGAGCACAUGGUGUCGGGCGCAGACGACGGCUCUGUGGCCUUGUGGGGCCUCUCCAAGAAAAGGCCACUUGCCCUGCAGCGUGAGGCCCAUGGGCUACGGGGGGAACCGGGUCUGGAGCAGCCCUUCUGGGUGUCGUCAGUCGCAGCCUUGCUCAACACAGACCUCGUGGCCACAGGCUCCCACAGCUCCUGCGUGCGGCUCUGGCAGUGCGGGGAGGGCUUCCGGCGGCUCGACCCUCUCUGUGACAUCCCUCUGGUGGGCUUUAUCAACAGCCUCAAGUUCUCCAGCGCUGGGGACUUCCUGGUGGCCGGGGUGGGGCAGGAGCACAGGCUGGGCCGGUGGUGGCGGAUCAGAGAGGCUCGGAACUCCGUCUGCAUCAUCCCCCUCCGGAGGGCGCCCAGGCCCACCGCCGCAGGCUCCUGACCUCGCAGCCCUUUAUUUAAGUCCUUCCCAGACCACCCCGCCUCCUUGUAUUAAAAGUCUCCUCUUUCAGGCCUCGUCUUCUGCAGUUCCUGGGGGAGUGAGGGAGGGAGGACGGCAGGGACUGGGGUGGAAAAGGCUUGGGAGGGCCCAGCCGCAACAGAACGUGUUCUGCUCCUCUGCGGGCCUGAGGGCUUCGUCCUCUCCCUGGGAACUUGAGGACGGAGCCAGCUGCUCCGGGUGCCCCUCUGUGGCCUCCUUCCCCAGCUCCCUGCCCUCCGCUCGGACCACCGUGGCAGUGCGGCUCUGGGACCUGGCCUAGGGCCAGCGCCACAGGACAGAAAAAACGGGCAAAGGG